CUGGCACGGCUGUUCCUUUUUUGUUUCUUUAAUUCCACAGCCGCAGGGGAACCCUAGCAGGUGUAGGUGGACCAUUAUCAGGGUGCCAAAUUACCUUGAAAGUAGCGCGUUGCCUUCACUGUCGAUGGCUGCCUCGCAGUGCCGUUGCAAUCUAGUGGCCGCAGAUCUUGAAGGUUACUUUCCUCUUCCACAAGGAGCUCCGCCUCUAGGGGACGCCAGGUGGAGUCUCUCGCGCUGGGCCGAAGCGCUGAAAGCUGCCAUCACUCUCAUGAAGAUGAAAGAAGAGGACGAAAAGUUAGAAGCUGCCCGUGCCCUGAUGGAUAUUUCUCAAGAAACCGCUGAGCCCCGAAUGCAAACUGAUGCGGCUUUGGUGGCAAACGAAAAUGGGAAUGCAUCUAAUUGCCUCAAUGCCAAAUGCCAUAGAUGGGACGCGGUCAUUGAGCACAGAAAAGCAUUUGAAGGAGGGCCGCAUCGUGGUAUGCACCUGUUGCAGCAGCAUGCCUACUCUUGUCCAAAUCAUCCCAGAAACAUUUUGGACGAGACAGAGGAUGAGGAAGAAGACUCGGAUUCGGAAGUGGAGCGGGAGCUGAGAGAGGAAGAAGAAAUGCUUCUUGCUCGUCCAGUGCGAAAGUCCAUUGGUAAUCAGAACCCAUAUGCUCUUUCUGGCCCGCUUCCAAGACCCAUUAGACCGCCGAACUUGAUGGAUAUUCAUAUGCCACCGGCACAAAAAACGAGCUCAUCAAGAACAAUCCUAAAUCAGAAUGGCGGUUCUGAUAAUGAAAUAAAUAACAUACUUCCUUCCUCUGGGCCAAGCGUCAAUAUGGAAGACCAACCGAGUAUCACCGCCAACGGUAAUCCUCCGGCGCCAAAGAAGGAUAAACCAUCCACAACAUCCCAACGAGAGGGAAAUUCCAUAGCCGGCACUCCACCUGUGCCCUCCUUUACUGAAACUCCAGUAAACGGCAAUUCCUCCUCCCCCUUCUUCUCCUCUUCUUCCUCCUCGUAUGCAAAGCCCAAAGGCCAACUGCAGACAGCGACGAGAAACAAAGGCAAGGCUAGAGCCGAUUCAAGACCUACAAUGCAUACAAUGGUAAUUUACUAUCCCAGCCUCCCCAAAUGAGGCAUUUUCAACCCCCUAGAACGUUCAAGAAUUGCGCCAACUAACCAAAAGACACAGGCAACCUGCAAGCAAAAUUCAAACGGCAACAAGAUCCAGAACUCAUUGCGUGUCAACAAACCGGGCCCUUCCUCAUCCAAGGCAAAAGGAAAAUCCAGAGCAGCAAU